AUGGGGAUAUCGGAAAUGUGGAAGACUAGGAGGUGGACGCGGAGGGCUGCAGCGCGCAAUUCUGGAGUUGAGAAGAGCGACCAGCACACUGUGGCGCGGUCGGGGAAGGGCUUUCCUUCCCACUCGCAGACGUCUCCCUCCUUUCCCCCCCCUUCCAACCCUCUCUCAUCCCCUUGGGUUUCAACACUGUGUCUCACUUUCUCCCCUGCCGCUCUUCUUCUCACCCACGACUUGCGCCUCCCUCCCGCCUCCUUGCGCUUCUCACUCUCGCGCCUCCUCUCGCUUCUGAAGCGGAUCGGACCGUGUGCGUGGACCGCCUUUCCCUGCACCGUGUGCGUGGACCGCCUUUCCCUGCACCUCUUUCUGCUCUUGCUGCUGCCAGGGAGGCUGCUCACGUCCUACGUCCCCCUCCUCUCCUCCUCCGCCCCACCUCUCCCCUGUCACCCUACCCCAACCCCUUCCAGCUACGGCGUGGACGUGGUGCAGAGGAGCUUCGCGUUCGACCCGCCGCUGCACCGCUUCCUGGUGCUGCUGGCGAAGCUGCUGGCGGGGCGGCCGCUCACGGUGGUGGCGGUGGGCGGCUCCAUCUCCGCCGCGGGGCACCUGCCGGGCGGCGUCAUGCACGGCACCGGCACAUAUGGCCAGGCGCUCGUUGAUUGGCUGCAGCAGUGGGAGAAGGCAGACUGGUAUCCGUCGUUUCUUCUUCCUUCCUCGCUCUCCUCUCUGCAAGGGUCCACCCACCUCGUUCUGCCGCCACUCCCCUCCCCUUCCUUGCCAGCAAGGGCACUCAGACUUCCCUCAUCCUGCUUCUGGCACCCCUCCUCUCCUAAUCCCCUCGUUUCCCCAUCCCUCCUCUCCCCAUCCCCUCCCCAGGUGUUCCCCACACCGCCCUCAACCCCUCCGCACCGUCUCAUCCGGGCCUUCCUGCCCGGAGCCGGCUCGUACGUGCUGCACUUCUGCACGGGGGAGCUGGUGGGGGCGCUGUGGGCGGACGGGGACGAGCAGCGGCGUGCAGCGGGGGAGGCGGACGUGGUGCUGCUGGAGUGCGCCGCCAAUGACUGGUCCGUGCUGCAACCCGGCAUGGCGCUGCCUCCAGCUCACUCCUGCCAAUCCCUCCUCUCCAUCUCCCCCCUGUCUCACCACACCCCACCAGAGGGCACGCAGUACGCAGCAGCGGAGGGUCUACUGCGCCAGUUCCUACUGCUGCCAUCGCACCCCCUGGUGCUCUUCCUCAACUUCGGGGUCUUCCAUCCACGCGACCCGCUGCUCUCCGCCUUCCACCACUCCGCCGAGGCCCUGCUCAACCACCUCUCAGCCUACUACAGCGUCCCCGCUGUCAGCCCCUGGCGAGCCUACUUCCCCCUCGUCGCCACCGCAGCGUCCCCAACCUGCCCAGCUUCGGCCGAACCUCCCUCCGAGCCUGCCGCCAAGCCUCGCGUGCUGUCCCCGCCGUCAUCCGAGCCCGCGGAGAACCUGACGUGGGCGCACAUGUUUGUGGACCGCGUGCAUCCCUCGGCAGCCGGGCACGGCAUGGCGGGCAGCCUGGCAGCGCACCGCAUCUUCUCCCUCGCCCUGCACUACCUGCGCCGCGAGGGCCUCGCUGUCUCCCGCCACCACCUGCGCCUCGACUGGGUGGACGGCAAGGCGGCGCCCUCUACUCAGUCCGCCCUGCUCUGCCCGCCCACCUCCCUCUGCCGCAAGUGCUUCGGUGACCUGGGCUUCUCGGCCCUCGGCCCGCCACUCUCGGCGCCCUGCAUGCUGCCGCCGUUGCAGAGCGCGGCAGACCCGCACCCGCGCUGUGUGCUGGGCAACACUUGGAACGUCACGGCCGUGGGCGCGAUGGAGUUUCACGAGGGGUACACGGCUGUUAGAGAGGCUGCCUCUAAAGGGGAUGCGGCGAGUGUGAAGAGGAUCGCGGAGGCGAACGCAUCAUGGGUGCAGGAGGCGUGUGGGCCGCUGGUGCCGCAGAUCCUGUGCUGGAAGGCCCAGAUUGCCCGCGCUCCUCUGCGUGUGGCUGUGGAUGUGCGGGGGGCUGCAUGGGGCAUAGGCGUGGUGUACAAGAUGCUGGACUGGCAGAAGCAGGAGCACAAGAUGGACGGUGCAGAUGUAAAGGUGAAUGGCCGGGAUGUGGGGUUCUUGCCGGUGCCUGUGGUGGGGAAUACUCUCACUCACUGGCGGCUCAACAGCAGCCUUAUUCGUUUAGAGGAUGGGGAAGUGCGGGAGGGGCAUGUUUCAUUGACUAUUGUGCCGCGUACAAAAUGGUUUCACAUGGUGGCGCUGGUGGUUGAAUAA